UCCAGAGGCUAGGUGAAAAAGGUCUUUGGGGGAGAUUGCAGUCACAGAAGGGAAGGGUAGAAAGAAGCUAGCAAUGUCUGACACUGGGGAAAUCAUCAAAACUCUUGGAGACUUUGGGCGUUUCCAAUGGCAGUUGUUGGUGCUCGUGACUCUAACCUCGCCAAGCCUCGCCUUCCAUAUGUUUUCCCAGUUAUUCAUGGUCCUGGAGGAGCCCCAUCAUUGCAACACAAGCUGGUUCAAUGCCAUCGGCUUGAACCUGACUGAAGAGGAACGGCUGAACUUGACCCUUCCCAAAAAGCCCGAUGGGACAUUUGAAGAAUGUCUCAUGUACACUCCAGUGGACUGGGAUCUCGAUGCCAUCCUGCAAUAUGGACUUAAUUCUACCGAAACGUGUCGGCAUGGGUGGGUUUAUCCUUCAAACCAAGAGUCUUCCUUGCUCACACAGUUUGACCUGGUAUGUGACUGGGAAGAUUUAAACGACAUCUCGCAAUCUAUUUACAUGCUGGGCCUUCUCGCUGGAGCGCUGGUGUCUGGUCUGUUAAGUGACCGGUUUGGUCGGCGGCCAAGUCUUCUGUUGUCCAUGCUCAUCGAAGGCGUGUUUGGGGUUGCUAUGGCCUUUGCUCCCAAUUUCUACCUCUACAUUGCGUUCCGAUUUCUUGUGGGUGCUUCUGUUUCCGGAGUCGUGAUAAGCAGUUUAGCUUUAGCUACAGAAUGGGUUGGAAUUGUCUACCGUCCACAUACGGUGAUUAUCAGCCAUGCAGCCUUUUCCGUGGGGCAGAUGAUCCUGGCUGGCCUGGCUUAUGCCUUUCGCGACUGGAGGACGCUGCAGCUUGCUGGAUCUGCUCCAGUUUUUGCCCUCUUCUUCUACCUGUGGAUCCUUCCUGAAUCUGCUCGGUGGCUGGUGACCAAAGGAAAAACAGAAGAAGCCAAGAAGCUUCUCCAGAAGGCAUCUUCUGUCAACAAGCGAGCCAUCCCACUGAAGUUGUUAGAUGAGCUGAAACCUGAAAAGACCAUGUCUGCAGGCAUUUGGGAACUGUUUAGAAACCCCCACAUGGGGAAAGUGACUUUCGUCCUAUCAGCAGUCUGGUUUGUCAGCAGUUUGGCGUACUACGGGUUGAGCUUGAACGUGGGCAGUUUCGGUUUCGAUAUCUACCUGACGCAGGCUAUCUUUGGGGCUGUUGAAAUUCCAGGUCGUCUCUCCUGCAUCUUCCUGGUGCAGUGGCUAGGGAGAAAGAAAUGCCAAUCUUCCGCCUUGCUCCUGGGGGGAGCUUGUUGCCUUCUCAUCGCAGUCAUCCCAAAAGAUCUGCCUAUACUAGUAACGCUGUUUGCCACCACCGGGAAGUUUAUCAUGUCUGCUUCCUUAUCUAUAUCAUAUGUGUAUUCUGCAGAGCUGUUCCCAACUAUUGUCCGGCAGACUGGAGUGGGGUGGUGCCAGAUGGCAGCCAGAUUGGCAGGCAUCACCUCGCCUCUGAUUGGUCUCUUGGACAAGUACCACCCCUCUAUCCCCGUGGUGAUGUUUGGCAGUGCAGCCGUGGCUGGUGGACUCCUUGCUUGCUUGCUUCCGGAGACGUGCGGCAAGGAACUCCCAGAUUGCAUGGAUGACAUUGCACACUAUCAGAGGCCCAGCAAAAGAAUCAACGGUAGUUUGGGAAAUGCGUGUUUAAAACCGAAUGAAGAGAUUACUGAACGGAUAGUAAUAACUCGCCUUUAACCCACCGUGUGGAUUGCUCCAAGCUGCCAAGAAUAAUGUGUGAAUUUCCUCCCCUCCCACUCUGAGCCCAGCAGAUAAAAAUAAUUGGUUUAAAUAUUUUGUUUUAAAAAAUGGUUUUUAAAUGAAAAUUAAAAUAAAAAAUCAAUUCUAUUACGUGCCCCUUAAAAUAACUUGGUUUGAAAGUUCUGAAUGUAAUAUGAGCAGAUUAAAAGCAUACACUCAUGUUUAAAAGAACAUCGAUAAUCUUAGGAUGGAUCUGGUUGUGCUUCUUACAGAAUAGCUGCAGUGCAAAUUUAGGGUGCAGUUCUAUGCUCACACAUAUAUGGGAGUAAAUCCCUUUGGACUCAACGUAGGACUUCUAGAAAACAUCAGAAUCAGCAUUGUAUCAAGCCAGACCUGGAGAUGCUGGGGAUUGAAGCUGACACCUUCUGCACACACAGAAUCAUAGAAUUGUAGAGUGGGAAAGGUCCCACGGGUCAUCUAGUCCAACCCCCUGCAAAGCUGCAAUCUCAGCUACAGCAUUCAUGACAGAGGGCUAUCUAACCUCUCCUUAAAAACCAUUGCACUCUCUCUUUUUCUUUUUUUACAGCUGGUGGAUUAUUAGCUUUAAAUUGUUUUAUUGUUUCAAAAUGCUGUACUUGUAGUGUCCGAUGUUCUCUCCAGCAUGAGAAUUUGCUGGGAUGGAAUGUUUUAGGGUUGUAAAUACUCUUGUGAAAUGAAUAUGUGAAAUAGUUGAGCGUUUCUCUUAUCAGGAGACCUCUGUAGCUUUGCAAGUCUGUGGGAAGUGAUCUGCUGGUCUCAGCUUUAUUCUUGUACUUGAAAGUUCUAGUGUACCUGAGGAAAACAGAGGUUUGCACGCACCUGUUUGUUUUGAACAGUUUCCAUAGCUAAAUGUCUGAAAAAGCUUUAGCUAUAAUGGGGGAAGACAGGCAACUUUUUGAAACCUAAGAAACAUAGGCCAUAACUUUUAACUGUUACGUAUUCAAGACACACCAAUAUAACAUGUCUGUCCUGAGAAGUAUUCAGGUACACUCCAGGCAAAAAAAGUUCCUCUAUAACCAAACUUUUGGCUGAUUAAACCAUCGAUGGCCUUCUAAUGGUGUUUGUAGAAGGAGGAGAUUUGUUUGCUGUUGUUGUUAUGUUAUGUAUUUUGUGUUUCUAUUUUGUAUUUUUAUGCUGUAAACCAGCCUAUGAUGUUUGUAUGAAAGGCAGUAUCUGAAUGAAUCAAAUAAUUAAAUGGAUAAUAGUUUGA